AAUGAGUUGCUCCAAAUGCUCAACUCCGGCGAGGCACAACACGAUUGACUGCCAGUUCAGUGUGGCAGGAAAGGUGUUCAACGAUCCCAUACAUGGGCUUGUGCCAAUGCACCCUCUGCUGGUCCGCAUCAUUGACACACCUCAGUUCCAGAGGCUUCGCUACAUCAAGCAGCUUGGAGGGGUCUGCUACGUCUAUUCUGGGGCGUCCCACACCCGCUUUGAACACUCCAUAGGAGUGAGUCACCUGGCAGGGAGACUGGUCAAGGAGCUGAAAGAGCAGCAGCCAGAACUUGAAAUCACUUGCAGAGACUUCCUCUGUGUGCAGAUUGCUGGCCUCUGCCACGACCUGGGACAUGGCCCUUUCUCCCAUUUGUUUGAUGGGAUGUUUAUCCCCAAAGUCAUUGUUGGAAGUACAUGGAAGCAUGAGGAUGCGUCCGUCGCCAUGUUUGACUACCUUGUCUCCAACAAUACAUUGGAGAUGGAGCAGCAUGGUCUGGUCCUGCCUGAAGACCUGGACUUCAUCAAGGAACAAAUUACUGGACCGAUUGACAAAACCCCUGGGAAGUGGCCUUACAAAGGCAGACCAGUGGAGAAGUCUUUCCUGUAUGAUAUCAUAGCCAAUAAAAGAAACGGUGUUGAUGUUGAUAAAUGGGACUACUUUGCCAGGGACUCCUACUACCUAGGUCUUCAGAGUAACUUUGACCAUGACCGCUUUAUCAAAUUUGCCCGAGUCUGUAAGGUGGAUGGGAAGUCUCAAAUCUGUACCAGAGACAAGGAAGUGGACAACCUGUAUGACAUGUUCCACACCAGAUUCAGCCUCCACAGACGAGCCUACCAGCACAAAGUGGUAGAAGCCAUUCAGCUCAUAUCUAAAACAAAAGGGCCCGGGAACUCCUCGGGGUCCCCCAGGAAGAACUGGUGGAAGUGGCCGGGGAGAGGGAAGUCUGGGCCUCCCUGAUUAGGUUGCUGCCCCCGCGACCCGACUCCUGGACAAGCGGCAGAUGAUGGAUGGAUGGAAAACAAAAGGGUGCUAUUCAGAUUAUCCCUUCUGAGGAAAGCCAUUGCAGUUUUUAUACUUUUUAUAUGUUGGGGUACCUAUAAAAGGGGGUAGGGAUGUGUCUCAUCUUGGACCUACAAGCCCUAAACAGUCACUUGACUGAUGAUUGAUCAAUAUUUAUUGAAUGUUGAUGCACUUAGCCCCUGUUACAUUAUGUAACAGGCAACUGGUUUACCUUCGUUGACCUGAAUGAUUUUCUUAUAUACCCUCCACACAGGAGAAUUCUAAGUUUCCCCUAAUGUGGGAUUUAGGAACAUGGAGUGUGGGGCCAACCUUAUUUGGGCGCACUUUAGCCAAUCACGCACUGGCCUGUGAGAGACUAAAAGUGCUCCUCCAGAGAGUCAUGGCGACUGUACAGUGCUAAAAAUGCAACUCACAGAUACCUUUAUGAUGGCAAAUGAUGUUGAUCAAGCCUGGUGGGAAGUCACAUGCAGUUCCGUUUCAGUGUCCUGUUUCAGCUGUGUUGACUUUCUCACAGGAAUUAUUGGAUCACACCAUAAAAGUGUAUUUAGCAGUAACUAUGUCUUGUCAUGUUGACUUAAAUGUUACAGUAGUGGCUCAACAAACACAUGCCAGUUGGUUCAUGAAGGGUGUGAUCUGGGGUUCAGUCAUAAUCUAACAUAAUCAAAAGUUUGUACACCACACCAUGUGCACCAUGAUAAUGAACUUGGUCUUCACCUAAAUUGUGUACAUAUUUCAUCCAUCCAGUGUAUAAUGGAUUUGUAAAGCUGUAGCUAACCCAGAACAAUCUAUUCCAUUGAUUGAGUUUUUACCUUAAUAUGUUCAGUAAUUUGUAUCUUAAAUUCUACAAUAUAUGUAUCAACCCCAUUAUGUUGACUGAUAUGAAUAAUUCGAUACACUUAAAAAAAGUAUUUCUUUGGUUCAUUGUUAGUCUUUCAAGUGGACACAAACAGCCUUAAACAACGUUUUUUGAAAGAUGGGCAAAGAACCUUUCUCUCAGUUCCCAUUUCUAUAUUUUGUCCAGACUGUACAUGGAGUCCAGGUUGUAAUUGUAGUGUGAGUGUCUGCACUGGAGCCCAGACUGCUGCAUGGCAGAGGACCAGAGGGACUUCCCUUUCAAAGGGAAUCCCGUCAAGUCGCUGCUACACAGACAUUGGACACAUGGGAUGUCAAAACUUGUUACAGUUGGUCAAAUCUAGGCCAGUUAUUAAAAGGACAAGCAUAUCCACAUCAGUUCAGGACCGGGUUGGUCAGUAAAGGAACAACAGCAAGAGGCCUUAAUUGUAUUUUUCUAAAAUAUUAACAAGUAUGUAUAGACACCCUUCUCAAUUACACUAAACAAGCACUUGCUAUGGCCUACCAUAUAAAUGCACAAUUUCUAAAACUAAAUGACUAAUUAUUAUUAUUUAUAAGCGAUUUUACUAUGAUUAUGACCACGAUUAUGAUUAUUACUAUUAUUAUUAUUAUUAUUAUUAUGGGAAGGCCAUAGCACUUGACCAGCUGAAUA